AUGUCUCAUACGCAGCAUUUGGCAGACCUUUGCGCCCUCCUCGUCAGGGAAGCUUAUGGAGAGUUGACCAGUCGCAUAUUUGCCUUACUCCAGCGACGAGGAAGACAAACGAUCAACACUAUUAAACAACAUACUGGCCUCACGGGCCGACAGGUCCGACACGGACUCGUAGUCCUGAUACAACAAAACCUAUUGUUCCACAAUACCGAGCAAGAAUCUGGCUCGACCUUCUAUGAGGCGAAUGAAGAAUCGGCGUACUUCCUCCUGCGCUCCGGAAGGAUAUUAGAGACGGUGGAAGAGAGAUAUGGUGUUGACGCACGGGAUGUUGUCCAGAAUCUGCUUCUACUAGGACAUACAAAGGUUGCAGAUCUCGCAGAGGCAUAUGAGUCGAAGAACAAGACUACAAAUGGGCAUACGAAUGGAGCGAAUGGAACGAAUGGCGCCACAGUGAACGGGACCAGCAAUGGUACAAAUGGACACCACGAUGACCAGAAGCCUACAAUCAAUCUGGACGGCAUAUUGGCCAGGCUUUUGGACGAUGGGUUUGUUGAACCAGUAGUAGAGAGCAUGUUCAGAAGCCCCAAGGAUGCUUAUAACCAAGCCGAGAAAGAAGCCCUCUCGUCCUCUGAGAGUGGCGCUUCUAAAAGCGCAAAGGCAACCCUCGAGUUGAAGAGAAUCGUCACAGCCACUCUACAAAAACAAUAUGAGGAACGAUCCUGGCGACAUGGAAACAUGAAGCGUUAUAUGCCUGGCGGGCAUCCGAAAGGUGCAGAUAAACGGCGAAAGCUCGCAAGUGGAAAACCUGCAGUAUUAGGAUCCGGGAGUUAUGAUGAAGAGAUAAAGCUUGAUCGCGAACUUGUUGUUCGGAUCAAUUAUGAAAGAUUUACAGUCGCAUUACGGACACAUGCUCUUACGGAAGUGGCUAAAAACGACAUUGGGGAUGUAACGUCUCAAGUCUACGGAGAGCUUCUUCGUUUGCUAGAAGAUAAGAUUCCUCGUUGCCGCGGGAAUAUCGUUGAGGAUGACGACGAUGAGAAUGACACUGGAGGCUCUACAAUUACAACGUCGACUCUGGUACAGGCGCUCAGCGCCGAUAUCAAUAUUGGCACUGGCAUUGGCCAGGCUGCUGGUAAUAAAAUUGCAGGCACUACCGAUGGCGCCAACGGAUCGCGCAAACGACGCAGCGAGAGCUCCGACGAAGAAGACGUGGUGACGUCCAAAUCACGAGCAAGUAAAGUGAAAUUUGACGUCCAAGCCCCAGCGAAACAUUCUCCAGAGAAUCACCAAGCUCGAAUCACACAAUUAAAGGACCACCUAUUGCUUCUGACUGGACACAACCACGAUCUUCUAAAAAAGCUCAGCAAUGAUGGGCUGGGAGAGUUUACGGUCCUCUUCAAGAAGGCUACAGAAUAUAUGCGAGAAAAUGAACUGGACACAUAUAUUGCUUCUGCCUUUGGUAAAGAGGGCCUGCGCAUGUCUCAUAUUCUGAGAAAGCAUGGCAAGCUCGAUGAAAAACAGGUCCAGAAGAUUGCCUUGAUGAAGCAAGGGGAGGUGCGCAAGACUCUAGUCAAAAUGCAGAUGGCAGGCUUCGCCGAUAUUCAAGAAGUCCCCAGGGAUACCCUUCGAACACCCGGCCGCACCAUCUUCCUCUGGUGGUUUGACACAGAGCGGAUCACAAACCUGUUACUCGAUCGUAUUUACAAGACCAUUGCGCGGUGUUUGCAAGUUCUCGAGACGGAGAGAUACAAAGAACGUGUUGUGCUUGCGCUGGCAGAUCGAUCAGAUGUCAAAGGCAACGAGCAUGAAAUGCUUCCCGAAGACCAUCUGGUGAAGUUGAGUGCCUUCAAUGAAAAAGAAGACCGUUUGACAACGCAGAUCAACAGACUUGAUCAGCUUGUUGGGAUCUUCAAGGAGUUCUGA